GCCCCGACGCGUAGAUAUUCGCCAGUAGCAUCUCCCAACCCUAAGUCGACGCCUUAGAUCAGAUUGUGCUUUCUUUCAUUUGUUCUUCAUUGCUAGCCCAAUUCAUUAUUAGUCCGCCAACAGCUCAUAGUUCCGUACAUGAAGCCUGCCUCGGAAGUCGCACCUCUCCCAAUAAUCGCCCUAGAGGAGCAGGUCAUCUUCAGCGACGUAGUCUCUGCCUCACCGCAAGACUCCGCCUACUAUGCACUCCUUGAGCCGAAAUACCUCGAGAAACUUAAAAGCGUCGGACCCUCACGGAUCCAGCAUAUGCGCGCUGCUGGCAUCGCAAUGCAAAUCCUCUCUCACGUCCCCGUAAAUUGUCCACCUGCUGCAUGCCGCAAAGCGAACGAUGCUCUCCACUCCGCCAUCCUGUGCAACCCUACGCGCUUUGCAGCCUUCGCUCUUCUAUCUCUCGAGAAUCCAACAGAGGCUGCACAUGAGCUCGUCCGCUGCGCCUCUAAGCUGAAGUUCGUUGGGGGAAUGAUAAACCACCACCACAACGGCGAGUUCCUCGACGCUGAACGAUUCCGGCCCAUUUUCGCGUCCGCAGAGCAGUUUAACAUACCGCUCUAUAUCCAAUCCCACUACCCAAGCUCGGAACACCUUCAAUACUAUCGCGGUAACUACUCAGAAGCCAUCGCCCACCACAUCGCCACCUUCGACCUCGGCGCACACUCCGAGGUGGCAAUCUGCGUUCUCCGCCUAUUCGCUGCUGGAAUCUUCGACCGCUUCCCCCGUCUCAAGAUCAUCAUCGGUCAAAUGGGCCAAACAAUCCCAUUCGUCCUCGACCGCAUUGUCGAUCUCACCCAGUGGUGGCGGGAGAAGCCUUGUCGAGACUUCGGGGAGGUGUGGUACAACAACAUCUGGGUAACGACGAGCGGGAUGUUCUCGCUGGCGCCAAUGGCUUGCUUAGUGAAUACAAUGCCAGCGGAUCGGAUUAUGUUUUCGGUUGGGUAUCCGUUUUCGGAGAAUGAGGUCGGGAGGAACUUUUUGGCGGAUUUGAAGGCUAGCGGGUUGGUUGCUCAGGCAGAGUAUGACGGGAUUGCGUACAAGAAUGCAGAGAAGUUGCUUGGGAUUAGGGUGAAGAAAUAGUGAGGGGUUUGCUUCUUGU